AUGUUCAAUGUCAACAUCAAAAUUGCUGUUGCAUUAGCUGUUGCUGCAAUACCUGAAGGAUUGGCUGUAGUUAUUACUACUUGUUUGGCUUUGGGUACCAAAAAAAUGGCAAAAAAGAAUGCUAUUGUUCGUUCUCUUCCAUCCGUAGAAACAUUAGGUUGCACCAGUAUUAUAUGUUCCGAUAAAACUGGUACUCUUACUACAAAUCGUAUGAGUGUGUCAAGGGGUUCAAGUUAUGCUCCACAUGGUGAUAUUUUCACUUCUGAUGGCAAAAUUGUCAAAUCACUUUCUGUAAUUAAUGCUUGUGUAAAUGAUUUGGCUCGAGUUUGUGCUUUAUGUAAUGAUUCACAGAUUGCCUAUGAUGAUUCAACUUCUACGUAUCAUAAUGUUGGUGAACCCACAGAAGCUGCUCUUAAAGUUCUUGUUGAAAAACUUGGCACUGAUAAUUCACAUUUCAAUUCUUCCCUUUCUGAUUUAUCACCAAAAGCUCGUACAACUGCCUGUAAUAACUAUUACGGUGGUCAUAAUCAUCGUAUUGCUACACAUGAAUUUUCACGUGAUAGAAAAUCUAUGUCUGUUCUAGUUCAGUCAACUAAAGUUGAUUCUUCAGCUACAUUACUUGUAAAAGGUGCACCAGAAUCUAUACUUGAUCGUUGCAAAUUUGUACGUUUAUCAUCAGAUAUUAGUCCUGCGACUACAGAAUUAGCUCCUAAAAUUAGGCAAGGAUUAAAUGAAAAAAUUUUAGAAUAUGGUAGACAAGGUUUACGUGUUUUAGCUAUUGCAAAAAUUGAUGGAUUGACAUCAUCAUCCUUGAGCAGAUACGACCUUAAUGAUCCUAAUGCAUUUAUCCAGAUAGAACAAAACAUGACUUUUAUUGGAUUUGUUGGUAUGCUUGAUCCACCACGUCCGGAGGUUGUUGAAUCGAUAAAAAAAUGUGCGACUGCUGGUAUUCGUGUUAUUGUAAUUACUGGCGAUAAUCAAAAUACAGCUGAAGCUAUCUGUAGAAAAAUUGGUAUCUUUGGCGAACAUGAAGAUUUAACAGGAAAGUCAUAUACCGGUAGAGAAUUUGAUCAAAUGUCAAAUGAUGAAAAAUUAGUAGUAGUAAAGCAAGCUAGUUUGUUUUCAAGAACUGAACCAACUCACAAAAGCGAACUUGUUGAUUUACUACAAAGUCAAGGUGAAAUAGUUGCUAUGACAGGUGAUGGUGUGAAUGAUGCACCAGCUCUCAAAAAAGCUGAUAUUGGUAUAGCAAUGGGAUCUGGAACAGAUGUUGCCAAGUUAGCAGCUGAUAUGGUUCUUGCUGAUGAUAAUUUUGCAUCCAUUGAAGGUGCUAUUGAAGAAGGUAGAUCUAUAUAUAACAAUACCAAACAAUUUAUUCGUUAUUUAAUAAGUUCAAAUAUUGGUGAAGUUGUUAGGUAA